CGAACUUCGGCCCGUACUUAGAAAUAAUUUUUUUUGUUAAAAGAAUUUUUUAGAAAUGGUUAGAAAAAAUGGUAAGUAGAAGAGGGGGUGGGGUUUGUAAAAAGAAGAGAGGGGGGUGGGUUUAGGGUAAUAAUUAAUGAAAAGGAGUUAGAGGUGGUGGUGGUGGGAUGAAUGAAUGGAUGGAUGGGGGGUCACAGUCACACACACACACCGUCCAUAUCCAUAGUCAUAACUCAUAGUGGAGGCAAGAGAGAGAGAGAGAGAGAAUAGUCGUGUGUGUUAGUGAAAGCGAAAUAAGAGAAUUUUUGAACAAAGCGACGUCGUAUCGUACGUGGAGUGUUUGUGUUGUGUGUCUGAGAGAGAACAGCUAAGCCAGCUGUGUAUGGGUUUGGGCUUGGGUGUGAGUGAGUGUGUGAUCUUCAUAUUCCUCCUAUAUUUCCUGCCUCAUUCUAUUCGUCGUCGUCAUCAUCAUCAUCAUCAUCACGUUUUAAUUUUCGAUGAAAACUAUGCUCUUAAUUCAUCUAAGACUCUAUAGUAGUAGAGUAGUUCAAUUGAUAAAAAAAUGAUAAAUAGAAAUUAUCUGAUCUCAACAACUCAUUAUUCAUUCAUGGCUCCCAAUCCGUCGAUUUCUUCUUCUUCUUCUUCGUUGAAUGUCAAGAACCAGACUCCUUCUUCCUCUCAAGAUAUUCUAAUCCGCGAAACUCUCCGUAUCAGUGCCGAAUUAGCCUCCACACCUCUCCUCCUCGAUACCACCACGCCUCCUCCUCCUCCUCCUCUCCAAUCCACUUUGAAAUUCAUUUGUUGCGAGGAACUCGAUGGCCGUCGAUGGAAGUACGUCGCCGAGACCGAUUCAUCAGGCAAAUUCAAGAAUAAUUCAUUUCGCUCUCUCAGCUUGCAAACCCCUAAGCCCCCUAUUGAUGAAUUGAUGUCGUUCAUUAGAUCCUAUGUGGUUCCCGAAGGUUUCCCUGACAGUGUCACUCCUUCCUAUGUCCCCUACAUGACUUGGAGGGCUCUCAAGCACUUUUUUGGUGGAGCAAUGGGCGUUUUCACCACUCAUACACUUUUGAGUUCAGUUGGUGUCAAUAGAAAUACCGCUGCUCCAGGGGCUGUUGCAAUCAACUGGAUUCUCAAGGAUGGAGCUGGUCGUGUCGGAAAGAUGCUUUUUGCUCGCCAAGGAAAAAAAUUUGAUUAUGAUCUCAAACAGUUGCGGUUUGCCGGUGAUCUUCUAAUGGAGUUGGGUGCCGGGGUGGAACUGGCAACUGCUGCAAUGCCACAUCUAUUUCUUCCGUUGGCUUGCGCUGCUAAUGUACUCAAGAAUGUUGCUGCUGUAACAUCAACAUCAACUAGGACACCAAUUUACAAAGCCUUUGCUAAAGGAGAAAACAUUGGGGAUGUCACUGCUAAAGGAGAAUGUGUUGGCAAUAUUGCAGACCUGUUAGGUACUGGUUUGAGCAUAAUGAUUGCCAAAAGGAAUCCGUCUCUUGUCACCACCUUUUCCCUUCUUUCAUGUGGAUAUAUCCUUAGCUCUUAUAAAGAGGUAAAAUCUGUGGUUUUGCACACACUUAACUCUGCAAGAUUCAGUGUGGCAGUAGAGUCCUUCCUCAAGACAGGCCAAGUUCCCACUCUGCGAGAGGGCAAUUUGAACGAGGACAUAUUCAGUUUUCCAUGGAAAGAUAGGCCUGUUGUCCUUGGAUCAAGAAUCAAGGACGCAUUCCAAGACCCCAGUACAUAUGUUGCCAUAGAGCCCCUGUUUGAUAAGGAGAGGUAUAUUGUGACAUAUAAUCCUACAAAAUCGAAGGUCCAUGCUGUGCUCAAGGAUCAGGCGAAGUCAGACGACAUUCUAAAAGCAGCAUUCCAUGCUCAUGUGCUCUCGAGUUUUAUAAAAUCGUUGAAUGAAAGUAAGGUUUCAUCUUGGAAGCAAAGGGAGGAUCUUAAUUCAAAUGUAAUGCUCACAGUUACUGAUCUCGAGGCGUGUAUUGCUGAUUCUUGCAAAGUUGUCACGAAUGCUUACUGGCUUUUCAAGAAUAAAGCCCACGAACAGGGUUGGACAAUGUCAGAAUCACUUCUAAAUCCUGGGCGAGCUAGGCUGUGUCAAGUUGAUAAUAGAUGAUAUUAACAAACUUCAGAUGGCUGCUGUUGGAGUCGCAAUUUCCACUGUGUAAUGAGGAGUCGCAAUCCUCAAGUUGAGUCAUGCUAUCUUUGACCCUCAAAAUGCCAAAUGAACUUUCAUCUGGAUGCAUGCAUACAUAAUUUUAAGCAGGAUUAGUUGUAUGAUUGAGUUGUUAGCAUGGCAUGUUACCACAUACAUGCCAAUGUGAUUGCUCUGUUGUUCUGUUGCUCUGUUGUUUCUAUAUUCUUUUUUCUUCUUAGUUCUAUUUGCAGUGCAUUAAGUUAUUUAGUUUCAAUUUUGCAAGAUUUUAAGGUUGAGUUCGUAAACUUGUUCAUAUAUAAACGAUAAAAGAUCAGAGUAAUACUCAAUGAUUUGUGCUUGUAGUUUUAAUUGGGCAACAAGUUUUAUUAAAGCCAUGUCCAAA